UAUGGAAAAAAAAAAGAAAAAGUUUUAGCGGUCUGAUUUUAGCCUUAAAAAAUCCUAAAGAAAAGAGCUACAACAAUGAAAAGACCGUGAAUGUUUUUUUUACAGUGUGCGCGAGGUUGCAUGCAGCCAUUUAAAGCUACUAGUGUUUCAUCUUGAAUGAGGAAGGUGGGGACCUGCAGCGUUUCUUGGCCCAGGGAGGGAACACAGAGCUGGGCAACAUCUGCUGAGGCCUCCUGCUUCCUCCUGUCCUGUACUCCAUCAUGGCUACAGAACAGCCUUUGAAGACAUCAGGCCCCGCCCCCUUAAGCUCGCAGGUGCAUGCAGCAGCCGUGAAUGGAGACAGGAGCACCUUACAGAGACUGAUCACAGCAGAACCAUGUUUGAGAGACAGCGAGGAUCAGUUUGGCAGAACUCCUCUGAUGUACUGCGUGCUGGCUGACCGUUUAGAUUGUGCUGAGACGUUACUGAAGGCCGGCGCCUCCGUAAACAAAGCUGAUCGCAGCAAAAGGACUGCCCUGCAUCUCGCUGCACAGAAGGGCAAUGUUCGUUUCAUGAAGUUGCUCCUGUCGCGGCAUGCUAAUUGGCUGUUGAAGGAUCUUGAGGAAAUGACACCGUUGCACUUAGCAACACGUCACUCCAACCACAAGCCUCUCUCUCUCCUGCUUAAGCACAUGGCGCCUGGAGAAGUGGAUACUCAGGACAGGAACAAGCAAACAGCGCUGCACUGGAGUGCGUUCUACAACCACCCUGAACAUGUGAAGCUGCUGAUCAAACACGACUCGAACAUCGGAAUACCUGACAGCGAGGGCAAGAUUCCCCUGCACUGGGCAGCUCACAGCAAGCACCCUAACGCCACACACACUGUUCGCUGCAUUCUGGACGCUGCUCCCACAGAGUCUCUUUUAAACUGGCAGGAUUACGAAGGCCGGACUCCGCUUCAUUUUGCAGUGGCUGAUGGCAAUGAAGCGGUGGUUGAAGUUUUGACUUCAUACGAAGGCUGCAGCGUUACAGCCUACGACAACCUGUUCCGAACACCGCUUCACUGGGCCGCAUUACUCGGUCAUGCACGGAUCGUUCAUCUGCUGCUGGAGAGAAACAAGUCAGGGAUGAUCCCAUCAGACAGCCAGGGAGCCACACCGCUGCACUACGGAGCUCAGAGCAACUAUGCUGACACGGUGGUGGUGUUUCUGAAGCACCCAUCGGUACGUGAUGAGCCUGAUCUGGAGGGCAGAACCGCCUUCAUGUGGGCCGCUGGGAAGGGCAGCGAUGAUGUCAUCAAAGUCGUGCUGGAGCUUAAACGAGAUCUGGACAUCAACAUGGCUGACAAGUAUGGAGGAACAGCACUGCAUGCAGCUGCACUCUCAGGCCAUGUAUCCACUGUACGGUUGUUGAUGGAAAAAGGAGCCAUGGUGGACCCUCUGGAUGUGAUGAAACACACCCCUCUGUUCCGCGCCUGUGAGAUGGGCCACCGUGACGUUAUUCUCACCCUUAUCAAAGGUGGGGCACGUGUGGACUUGGUGGACACAGACGGUCAUUCUGCGCUGCACUGGGCAGCGCUGGGCGGAAAUGCAGAGGUGUGCGAGGUGUUGAUGGAGAACGGGCUCGGACCAAACCUGCAGGAUCAUGCAGGCAGGACGCCGCUGCAGUGCGCUGCGUACGCAGGGUAUAUAAAUUGCAUGGCCCUGCUUAUCCAGCAUGAUGCUGACCCCAACAUCCAGGAUAAAGAGGGGAGGACGGCGCUUCAUUGGUCAUGUAAUAAUGGUUAUUUGGAUGCUGUGAAACUUCUUUUGGGAUGUGGAGCCUUUCCUAACCACAUGGAGCAUACAGAGGAGAGGUACACUCCUCUGGACUAUGCCUUGUUGGGAGAGCACCAGGAGGUGACACAGUUCCUAUUGGAGCACGGUGCACUGUCCAUCGCUGCCAUCCAAGAUAUCGCUGCCUCGUCUAUUCAGGCUUUGUACAAAGGCUAUAAAGUGCGACGAGCUUUCAAGGAGCGCAAGAACCUCUUAAUGAGGCAUGAGCAGCUCCGUAAAGAUGCAGCCAAGAAGAGGGAAGAGGAGCGCAGGCGUGAAGCCGAACAGCAGCUCUCAUUGGCCGGAGAACAGCAUCCCAAGAUCUCAUUGGUCCAGGUUGGAAGUGAGAGGCCGCCGUUGGCGUCUACUGAACUCAGCGGUGAGAUGAAAGACAUGAAGCCGAAAGGUUACAAACAUCGAAAAUCAUCAAAGGCACUUCGAAGCCAGUCACAUGACAGGACUGAGAAAAAGACCAAAAAGCCAAAAGAGCCAGAGCACAGGGCUGAAACUCCAGACACCUCACAGCUGUCUGCUUUAAAUCUGCCCAUCACCUCUCAGAGCACCAACAGCUCAGACACAAGAACAGAUGUGUGUGUGAGCGGUGUGUAUACGUCUGAGGAGUGUGUAGCAAGGCCAGAGCGUCAUUCUCCAGCAGGGUCCAGCAGACCGGGCAGUGCCAGACACACACACCCUGCUCAUUCAAGACCCAGGACUUCAGGUCGCACUCCAGAGUCCAAGACAAGCAAUCCAGCUGUGGCAUCCCUUCCCGUAGCUGUCGAUAAAUCCAGCACCUUCGUCUCGGUUCCUAUGCAAGCAGGACGGGAGAAGAGCAGAACGAGAGACUCAAGGGCCGAGAGAGAAAUGGAGAAGCAGGCCAGGUCCAGGAACGAGAAGGAGCGAAGGACCGAGAGAGAGGAGGAGAAGAGCUCGAGGAUUGAAAGAGAGGCAGAUCCCUUUUCAGAAAGAGAAAGAGAGAGAGGUUGGUGCAAAGAGGUCGAAAAGGAAAAACGAACGGAAAAAGAAAAGGAGCACAGAAGAAAGAGUCUCCAAAGAAGGAAUCAAGCGGCGAGAGUAAUACAGACAGCGUGGAGGAGGUUCUGCAUUCGGAGACGUCUAAAAGAACUGCUGUGUGGUAGAAUUAAAAGGCCUGAGCCUGCUGAAGUCACUGCUCUUCUGAUUCAGUUUUUAUGGGAGCGACCAGUCCACAUGGAUAACACUCGGGAGAAAGUCCUUUCUAAAGCACAGUCACCUCCCGCUAAAGCUGCAGCAAAGAAAAGCUCAGUGCUACAAAGUAUUUAUGGAGGAGCCCAAGCCAAAAGGGGGCGCUCUGUGAGAGCUGUGUCUGCCCUCAACACACACAGCCAGAGUCAACUACUGCACGACUUGUCGCUUAAGCCCACCAAACAAUUGAGUGGUGUGGAGUGUGUGCACUUACUGGACUCUCUGAAUCAAGCAAAGCAGUAUUCUUAUCACCUGCGUCCUCAGAGUGCCAGCAGCCAGAGUAGAACCAAGAACUGAGACAAUCUCAGCGUACGCUCUAGUUCAUAACCGAUGACUGGACCAUAGACACUAAACAGCUUUAUUGAGUCAAACCAACAGACAGAAAACUCUCUCACACACACACACACACACACACACACACACACACACACACACACACACACACACAGUCGUUUGCUUACUUAUAUAUGUUCUGCCUGGAAACUGACAGGGUUCUGGAACAUAAGACACCAGUGAGGUCCUGAAGGAUAUCAUGCCAUCCAUGUAGGUCAAAGUUUAAACCCACAAACGCUACAUAUGCAUGAGAUGACCUUUUAUCUUGUCUUCACCUGCUUAUGCACCUGUCAUACGGGUGGCAUACACCUGACAUAACAACGCCAACUGCACUGGAGUGCUAAUAUGAUGCAAUCUAGAUACAAGUGUAAGAUUUUCGGUUGUGUCGGUUUCUUUGUCCUACAAGAUGCUUUGAUUUGUCAUAAUUGUUUCUGUGUUGAACCUGUAAUGCUGUGUUCACACAUACAGUGUGAGACUCGCAACGAUAAACCGACCAGAGAUUGUUCAUUUAAGAUAAGAGCAACAGUAACCGUUGGCGACUAGGUGUGGGCAUGUCCAGUGAUUAUGCAAAGUUUAUGCAAAUAUGGAGCGGCUUCUUUCAGCGACUAACGGUGAGAUUGAAGACAUGAUCAGUGACAAAGAGCACACGCUGCUUCUCCUUCCUCUUAUAUGAUAUGAUGCAGAUAUACACUGCUGAAUUUUAUACAAAAACACUAAAACUCCCUCCAGAAUGUUUCAUUAUAGCAGCAAGAAAACUGAUUUGUUGUAAAGUGGAAUGCAAGUAGCACCACCUACUGACAUUUUCAUCUUUAUAUUGUUAUUACUAUGGCAACCAGAAAUCGUUGUUGUGUGAACGUAGCUUUAGGAUCUUGUAAAAUGUGUCAUGUGACUGAUGCGUCUAUAUACAGAGGGGUGACAAAUUAAAGGAAAAAGUGUAAAGCCUGUAAAAGCUCUUCCUUUUCUUUAUGUGCUGCGUUCAACUUUACAUAAAUGCACACGAUUAGCCGCAACAGGGAACGUUACAGAAGCUGCGAUUAUUCUUAAAGUCGUUGGAUUGCAUACACUGAUCAGUUCAAAGGCUUGGUACAAAUCAGGUCAAAUCCUGGUGGGCGUGGUCUCAUCCAUGGUGACUCCGCCCCAUCCACAGGGUAUGAGAUCUGGUUUGAUGAGGAACGGAAAUUUAACCAGGCUGCCCCUGUUGGGUCCUAUAACGAGACCCUUAGUCGAAAACUGCUCAGUUGUAUUCUGGCUAAAUUCUGAGUGUGGAGUUUGCAUGGUCUCCCUGUGCUUCGGGGGUUUCCUCCAGGUACUCCUGUUUCCUCCCCUUCUCCAAAGACAUGCGUUGUAGGCUGAUUGUCAUUUAUAAAUUGUCUGUAGUGUGUAAACUAUUGUGUAUGUGUGUGAUUGUGCUCUUUGAUGAGUAGGCACCAUGUCCAGGGGUCCACUGGAAUAGACUCCAGGCUCCCCACAACACUGUGUAAGAAAACUGUACAGAAAAUUGAUGGACAAUCUUCAGCCACUUGAUCUCCACAUAACUAAACACUUAUGGGACAUUUUGGAGCUAUGUUUAACACAGUGCUCUGUCAAACCCCAAAUGCAAAAUCCACACUCAUAGUAACCGAGCAUUCACAGAUUAAAGGGCAGUGACAGCUCGGUGGUUAAGGUGCCGGACUAGUGAUUAGAAGGUUGUGAGUUCAAAUCCCAGAUCAAUUGAGAUAAAUCAGGGCAUCAGUAUUAUCACCAAUAUUUUGACACUAAUUCUAACUUUUUUUGGCUUUAAUUUGUCCCCCUUUUGUAUGCAUGUAUUACAUAUUCUAAAUAAUUCUCUAUAAACUGUAGAUAGAAUAGAAUGUAUACUCCAGCUAUGCAUUCACGUUUGUAUCAACUGCCGUUAUUUAUUCUACAGCUCUGGUGUGAUACAUACAGCUUUGUAAAAUCUUUUUAUACUGUUGACAUUUCACUGUUGUCAGAAUGCUGAAAGAUGUCUCACCAUGCACGUUUUUGUAAGUCGUGCUGCACAGCAGCUGCCAGUGUUUUAACUUUAGGCUUCCACCACAAAGACCUCCGGGGCUUUAGGGUUAAGCUGAGAAAUGCGUUAAUUACAGGAGUAAAUGAAAGGCCUGCAAUGUCAGACUGCAGCCACAGGCUGAAUUCCUCACUAACAGAUGUGCCCGAUUCUCUGAGUUAUCAAUUUCCAAAUAGUUUUGAUGUUUCCAUUUGGUCGUAAACAAAAUUCAGUAGUCUUCUUGUAGCAAUUACUGAAUUUUUUUUUUUUUUUUACCAAAUCACUGCAGUUUGAAGACUUCUGAUCAUCAGUAAUGAAGAACUCAUGGUACGUCGGUUGUCGAGUGGUUGCUAAGCAGGCAUCAUUAGCACUUUCCUUGUGUAUCUCUAUUGUAUCCAUUAUGUGUAAACAUGACUUUAUUGUUGUGCUAAUAAACAGAACGAAAUCAAGAA